AAUCCCUUUACCGAAGAACGUGCAUUAGGGAACAUACUGGGUAGAUCAUUAAUUUUGGCAUUGUAGGCGCCUAUCAUCAUGCAUCAAGAUCGUGAGAAAAAUUGGUUCAAGGUCCAGGAGUAUCAUCCAGUAAAGAAAUGCUGAGAGUGGGGAAUUUGAACGAUCAGCAUUUUAAGAGUGCAGUUCACAACGACAAUCAAUAAGUGUUGUCACAACAAUUGGACAUAAAAUCAACAAAAUAUGUGUCAUUUGGUGUACGUUGUCGGCUUUGUGCUUGCUCUUUCGUCGCAAACCUGGAUCUGUAGCGGCAAUUCGCGCACACGUUCGCUUUUUGGAGCAACAUUUGAUGCCCGACCUCCGGCCUCCACUAUAAAUGCAGAUUCAGCGUCCGAGUUAUGCUUGGGUUGUUCACAGAAAUACUUUGAGGUAGAUCAAGAUCAUGUCCAGCAAAGAUAUACGGUUACCGAAGAGGAGUUGACAGCCUUAAGAAUAGAGUACAUUAAAAACCAGAUACUCAAGAAAUUAAGAUUAAAAACGAAACCAAAUGUGUCAAUUGCAAAUUUACCAAAACCAGUUACGGAGGAUGAAAAUUUAGUUCCACGAGGCUACGACCAAUCUACUCCAAGCCCAUUCGAUGAUUAUUACGGAAGAACUACACAAGCAAUUGUUUUUCCUUACGAAGAGCAAGCCCGCUGCAUGAAGAAAGUGAGACACCCGUCUGUCUGUCUUCCUUUCCAAUUACCGUCUGAUAUCCACGCGAUUGACCUGAGCACCGCCGAACUGUGGAUCUACAAAGAACCGGACGAAUUGGAUGGUAACGGACAAACCUUUGUUGUUACCGAAGUAGCCCACUGGGAUACGAAGAAAAGUUUUCAAAAAACAACUCCUAUCGCCAUCCACCAUACGAAUUUAACAGAGGGUUGGAUAAAAAUAGAUGUCGCUCAAGUUAUUCGCAACUGGCUGGAUUACCAAGAUUCUCCAAUCCACGCUAUAAACGUGGCGUGCAAGACUUGCGCGAAGGAGUUGAAGAAUUCCCCGGUUUCGUUUAAAAAUCAGCACAAACCAUUUUUGGUGAUCUAUACGCAUAGCCAACAAAAGCAGUUGGCGUACAGAAGACAGAAACGUAACACCAACUGUUCCCCAAAUAUGAACGAGUGCUGCAGAGAAAGUUUAUAUGUAUCGUUUGCUGAUAUAGGCUGGGAUGAUUGGAUAAUACAGCCAGCUGGAUACAACGCGUAUUUUUGCAGAGGCUCUUGUAACACUGUCGCCUCUGUUACUUUAAGUGCAACACAACACAGUUCCAUAAUGCAGAAGGUGCUGCAUGGGCCUAAUAGGAACAACGUCAGAAAAUUGGAGCUAACGCCGUGCUGUGCAGCAACAAAGUUCCAGCCACUUCAAUUGUUUUACAUGGGAAACAACAAAACCCUUACGUCAAAAGUUUUAUCAAAUAUGAUUGUAGAGACGUGUGGCUGUAUGUAAAUUAAUUGUGCCAUGACGUGCUUAACAGUAUUGGAACUAUUUCACACUUACCAAACGGUACUGAACUCCUUAGACUUAAUUUAAAAGCUUUAAGUAUUUUAUUUCAGUUGAGAAUUGUACAUGUGUGUGUAUAUGUGUGCCCAUUUUACUCAUUCGUUAUUUUCAUCUCAUUUUUUGCCAUACUUACGCCUUGCUAUUAAGAAGUUACAUGUACUUACAACCACGAUUUUAUCUUUUCUGUACCUACGUAAAAUUUUGUUUUAAAAUAAUUAAGUUGACUCGAUUUCAUUCUUAUUCAUUCAUUCAAUUACCUACAUUUAGUUUCAUAAAUUGUUGAUUUAUUUAUUUUAAAAAUAAGUGUUAUUAUUUAUAUAUUACUUAGGAUGUUAAAUGUGUACUUAUACAGCCGCAAUAAAACAAAGAUGUUUACAAUCUGU